UCAAAAUUCUCACACAAAGUUUUCGACAUCUUUCGUCAGACACUACGCAUCUAACAUGGCUGAUCAACUUACUGAAGAACAAAUCGCUGAAUUUAAAGAAGCUUUUAGUUUAUUUGACAAAGAUGGUGAUGGAACAGUUACUACUAAGGAAUUGGGUACAGUCAUGAGAUCACUUGGUCAAAAUCCAACUGAAGCUGAAUUACAAGAUAUGAUAAACGAAGUCGAUGCCGACGGUAAUGGAACCAUAGAUUUUCCUGAAUUUUUAACUAUGAUGGCUAGGAAAAUGAAUGACGGCGAUAGCGAGGAGGAAAUUCGUGAAGCAUUCCGUGUUUUUGAUAAAGAUGGUAAUGGAUUUAUCAGUGCUGCUGAAUUACGACAUGUUAUGACAAAUUUAGGUGAAAAAUUAACAGACGAAGAAGUAGAUGAGAUGAUCCGAGAGGCUGACCUGGAUGGUGAUGGACAAGUGAAUUAUGAAGAAUUUGUCAUAAUGAUGUCCAAUAAAUCAUAAAUUUCCGUUUCAAAGACACAAACAGUGCCAUUGUGAAAUUCUGUGAUAAACUAGAAUUUGGAUAAUCUUACUUCAUUAUAUUCAUAUUUUAAAGUGUAUUUUUUCUUAAAUGUAAAUAAUAAUAUAUUAAGUAAAUACGUAACUGUUAACAUGCUAUAGAUAAUAUAUUUGUUAUAUACGUAACUGUUAACGUGCUAUAAAUGAUAUAUUUGUAAUAUACGUUACUGUUAACGUAAUAUAGGCCUAUUGUAUUUUGUAAAUACGUUAUUGUUAACAUGUUAUUAAUUAUAUAAUAAUAAUUGUGAUAUUCUAUGAAACUAGAAUUUGGCUAAUCUAAUUUUAUAUCUUAUAUAUAAGGGAUUGUAAAGAGGAUAUAUGG